AUGGAGCAUUUGCCACAAGAAUCAUUAUCCAACAUACUAUCAAGGAAGAUAAAAGUGCCCAAAAUAGAGUAUUCUUGUUUUUCAGGAGAGUGUUUUAAAACUCUAGCACCUUUUGAUGAAUAUGAUACUAUUGGUGUUAUUGUCUAUCCUGUAAGAGGAAUAGAGAAAUGUUUUGAUGUUUGGGUGAUGAAGGAUUAUUGGGAUGAAGGGUCUUGGAUUAAGCUAUACAGUGUUGGUCCUGUGCCUAUGAUUUCAAAGUUCGUUGGAUUUUAUGGGAGCAAUGGAUUUCUUUGGAAAGAUGCAAAUGAAAGGUUGGUAUUAUAUGAGUGUGAGAAUGAAAACACAAUGGAUCUUGAGGUUUAUGGAAAGCAUGAUUCAAUAAGAGCUGUUAGAUAUAUGGAAAGUCUAGUUUUGCUUCAAAGGGGAAUAGAACGUUUCUCAUGUAUAUAG